UGGUAGUUCAAAAGUUGGUUUUCGUACUUCCGACUGAAGCAGUGAGGUUACUCUACGCUCUCCAACAAGUUAUUGUAAGUGAAUCACGCCACAUUCAUUUUCGUACCCCAAACAAACCGCCAAGAAUCUAAAAUAAAAAAUAAAAAAUAAAAAAUAAAAAAUCUCCACCGCCAUGGAUUCGCAGCAACGAACAGCGGCUUCUCCUCGGUCGCCGCCGCGACAAGGCCACGAUUCCACCGCCAUUCUCUUCACCCUCCUCUCGUUCUUCGCCAUUGUCGCUCUGGUUUUGCUUCCUUCAGCAUCACCAUUCUUCCAAAAUAGCUUAUCCAUCCUGCACCAAGUCCCUGAAGGACAUGUUGGGGUAUAUUGGAGAGGAGGUGCCCUUCUGAAAACAAUUACAGAGCCAGGUUUCCAUCUAAAGAUGCCUUUUCUAACUCAGUAUGAACCUGUUCAAGUUACACUUCAGACGGAUAUGGUGACAGAUAUACCCUGUGGUACUAAAGGUGGUGUUAUGAUCAGUUUUGGGAAGAUUGAGGUUGUGAAUCGACUCCGUAAGGAAUUUGUCUUUGAGACAUUGCUCAACUAUGGUGUACACUAUGAUAAGACAUGGAUUUAUGACAAGAUUCAUCAUGAGAUUAAUCAGUUCUGCAGUUUUCAUUCUCUGCAACAAGUCUAUAUUGAUGUCUUUGAUCAGAUUGAUGAAAAGAUGAAAGAUGCUCUUCAAGUUGACUGCACUCGCUAUGCUCCAGGAAUUGAGAUCUUAAGUGUCCGUGUCACAAAGCCUACUAUUCCAGAAAGCAUAAGACGCAAUUUCGAACAAAUGGAAGAGGAGCGUACUAAGGUCUUAAUAGCUAUUGAGAAACAGAAAGUAGCCGAGAAGGAGGCAGAGACUAUGAAGAAGAUGGCCAUUAGUGAGGCCGAGAAGAAUGCCAAUGUUAGCAAGAUCCUUAUGGAGCAAAAAUUAUUGGAAAAGGAUAGUGCUAGACGACAAGAAGAAAUAGAGAAUGCAAUGUACCUGGCACGUGAAAAGAGCCUGGCAGAUGCAGACUUCUACCGUGUAAUAAAGGAAGCUGAAGCAAACAGGCUGAAGCUCACCCCUGAAUUUCUUCAGCUAAAAUUUAUUCAGGCCAUUGCUAAUAAUACGAAGAUUUUCUUCGGAGACAAGGUUCCUAAUAUGAUUUUAGAUCAGAGGCUGCUCGGAAACUUACUUCAUGAUGUUUCUAGUGGGAGAACUAUGACGACCAAAGCAGAUAUCUGAGCUCAGAUAACUCAAGCAUUACCGAUACUUUGGAGAGGAGUUACAUCUUCGUAAUUAUCUUUACACAAUGAGAAUGAAAUAGUUUUUUUUUUGUCCUAGGUCAGAGACCACAGGUGUCUCCAACUCAUUGGGUCAGACAUUAAUCUAAUGAAACAGUUUUACAAAACCUUUUUUUCCUUCUUGUGUGGGGAGAAUGUAGAUAAUAGGUGGUCGCUUUUGAUGCAGUGGAAACUGGAACAACACACAUACACAAUCAGAGAUCAACUGUUACAGCUAGGCAUAAAGGACACAACAUAUCAGCUUCUUGUUAAGUCGUUACAUUUUUCUCAUAUAAGUAUUAUAUUUGUAAUGCAUUUGGGAAAACGCUAUGCGUUGAAAAAAAAUUUACCUUCAGAUCAAAA